AUGGCUCUUUCAGAGAAAGCGUGUCUCCGAAUCCGCGUAACGGUGUACACAAUAUUCCUCAUUUCGUACCUUGUGGGAGCCGCCGUAUUCGUCCGAAAGUUUUCAAACUUUAUGGCCGCCUCGGGGUUUGUAGCCGCCUCCAUUUUCAUCGGCCUGGCAAUCGCCAUGCACGUUAUGGGAACUGAGGGACUUCAGAGCCGCAUCCAACCCAGGAGUCUUAAGCGAGUCGUGAUCAUGGGCGUUCUUGUUGCAGCGGAUGUUGCCUUACUGACUUUGUCAAUCUACACGCUUGUGGUUGGUAUUAAGAGGCGCGAAAAGUGGACGGGUGAAUCCAACUUCUGCUCCUGCACCGCCAUGGUGUGCGGGUUGAAAUGGUGCUCUGUUUGUGUAUACCUUCUUUACCGCUCCGGCACCCCAUCUAACCCACCCGAAUUCGACAGUUUACGUAAGGGGGAAGAAGACGGUAACGGAAAGGAGGGCCCUCAGACGAGCAUGUUGUAG